AUAGCGAAUCGUACAUUGAUAUCGAAUCUGCAAAAAGAUUUUGCGUUGGAAUUUCAUUACCUGGCAUUUACUGAAAUUGAUUAGAACCUUAUAAAAUGGUCAUAUACAUAUAACGAGGAAACUUUGAAUUUAAACUUUUUAAACUUUUGUAUGCACUUAGGGGAUGUUUUACGACAGAGAAAAAGUCAUUGAACAUUAGUCAUCAAUCAGUAAUUUUUGUAGGAUUAUUAACUUUGUAUUCACUCGGUGAUUAUAACUUCUAUCCUUAAAAGCGUGACUUUAAAAAUAUUUUAAUCGUAUUAAAGUGACAAUCAUAUCCUGCGUUCUUUCUGAUUGAUGUGUUUUUAAAAUACCAAGCAGAUUAAACCGUUUCAUUCCAUUACGGUUAUUGCAUGUAUGUAGAAAAUCGACGACAAUCAUUCUUGUUGCUUUUGAAAUAUUACUUCUAGUUAUAGGAUCAUCGCAUUACUGGUUUUAGAUAAAACAAGUAAAAUUGUACUCAAUCAAUUGUUUGCUUUCAUCAAAAUGCAACAAGAUUUAUACACUGUGCUUGAAUCUCUUGGUUGGCUAUUUCGUAUAUCAGGCAUCUAUCCUUUCACGCUUAACGAUUCAGGAGAAUCUAGAAAAUAUGCUCUUAAUACAAUCAGCGUAACAUUUAGCAUCGUAUUCUUUAUUGUGAGCGCCAAAUAUUUUUAUGAAUAUAGCAUAAUAAUAAAAAAUGUGUAUGAUGCAGAAGAAGAAUCACUAGCGGUGUUAAUGAUCAGUGUCAGGCAAAUUACAAGUUUGAUUUGCAUAUUUGAUGCCUCAAUAAUGAAAAUAAUCUACAGCAGAAGGUUCAUGUUGGCUAUCAAUAACUUGGCAUUGCAAGAUCAAAUAUUAAAAAUAAUGGGAUAUUCCUUAAACUAUAAGCUAAUGUUCAGAAUAAGUGUUUUAAGCAUUCCCUGUUAUCUGCUUGUUUCUAAUACUUUACUGAACUCUGAAUUUCUAGUAGUUAGUUCUGUAGACAUUCCGACGGCAUUUCGAGUUUUUGGAAAUUUUUCAAUCCUAGUGCAAAUGACAAAUACAAUAUUAUUUGUAUUUUUAAUUAUCAACGUGGGUCAGCGCUUCAAAGGACUCAACUUUUGCAUAUUAAAACUCGUAAAUCACGAAUACACAAAGCUGGGGAUGCCAAUCAGCAAUAAAACACCUGCAGAAUACAUGCAAAUGGCAGCACAAGUGCACGCAAGACUUUGUGAAAUAGGAAAAGCAAUUAACAGCGUUUUUUAUAUUACGUUGAUAGUGACUACGAUAGGAGCAUUUAUAUUCUCAACAACAAUGAUUUUCUACAUAUUCACUCUUGCAAAAUAUGGAUUUCAAAACGUGGGAUUUUCUCCUGUUUUUCUAUUUUUUGCAUUACUAUUCAUACAGAUUUUUACAGUUCUGAAAAUCGUUUUGAGCUGUAACUGGACAAGCAGACAGGCAGCGAUCACUUCGAAAAUUUUGCAUAGCCUUUCUUUAAGUGACAUGUGCGUAGAUGACGAUUCGCUCAGUGAAAUGGUUCGCACAUUUUCAAUGCAGAUACUUCAUCACAAUUUUUCGUUUACCGCUGCGGGAUUUUUUCAAAUAGAUUCGACUUUAAUACAAUCGUUUGCAGGUGCAGUAACAACAUAUUUGGUAAUACUUAUACAAUUUGAUCCCAAGAUAGCAUAAAUGAUGCAAGGUUCUCGUUGCGCGAUACUACAGACAUGCAGAGUCAUAAUUAAUUCCCUUUGAGGAUAUACAAAUGCAUCGAUGCAGAAUAAUUAACCAUUACCCAAGAAGGCGCG